AUGUACAAAUCUAUUGCUUGCAUUGCUCUCUUCUGCUUGGCUACUGUCAGCGCUGGUCUCUAUGAAACCCAUCAUCAUGUUGUCCAGGAACCUGUCUUAGCUAAAGUUGGCUCUGUCGUCCAUUCAGCUCCCUCGGCUGUGUCACAUCAAAGUAUUACCCGCUAUCACAACAAGGCUGUUGUUAGUCCUGUCUUAACUCCCGUGGUCAAGACUACUGUUCAUGCCGCUCCAGACGUAUCUGUGAUCAAGAGUGCUCCAGUUGUUCACACUUAUGCCGCUGCUCCUGUUGUACACUCUGUCCAUGCUGCUCCAGUUGUUCAUACAGCUCCUGUUGUGCACAAAACUUUUGUACCCGCUGCCUACAGUUUCCAUCAUUAA